AUGAAAUCGGAUAUUGGGGUCAUCCUGCGGACCUGCACAGCUACCGUUCACGGGCAGGCCGCUCUUGGGCGACCAAAACAUGAACCUUACGCCUCCCCCCUGCACGGAAACCCCCACUGGACCUAUCUCCUUAAAUCUCGGCAGCUUGUUUGUUUUUUCGCUCCCGAUUCAAUACACCUUGCUCAUACGCUCCCGAUCCGCGUGCCCGCGUGCACCUUGCUGAUACGCCUCUCAUGCGACUUGCUCAUACGCCUCUCAUGCGGCUUGCUCAUACGCCUCUCAUGCGGCUUGCUCAUACACCUCUCAUGCACCCUGCUCAUGCACAUCUCAUGCACCUUGCUCGUACACCUCUCAUGCACCUUGCUCAUACACCUCUUAUGCCCCUUGCUCAUACACCUCUUAUACACCUCUCAUAUACCUUGCUUAUACGCCUUUCAUGCGCCUUGCUCAUACAUCUCUCAUGCACCGUGCUCAUACACCCCUCAUGCAUAUUGCUCAUACACCGCCCAUGCAGCUUGCAUACGACGCUGA